AGUAAGUGCCCUGAAGUCACCGAGAUCUUUUCAAAAUGUCACCGCAAGCAAAGGACGAAGAUGUUAGCCAAAGGAAGGUCAUCAUUCCGGAUUGGGUUAAGCCGGAAGCCUUCGAGCAUCUGCUUAAAAGAAAGGUCAAUGAUUAUAAGGAGACGAAAUCCAUGAGGGUUAAAGCAGGAGUCGCUGCUGGUGAGAACUACGCCACUAUAAUGCUUAGAAUCGAGCUGGAUGUGGAGAAAAAAGAUAAAUCCCAGACAACUAAGGCAUUCAUGCUAAAGACUCCCCAUCAGUCUGAGCUGUAUCGGAAAAUGAUAGAAAAGACAGAUAUUUUUGAUGUGGAGCGUGGAAUGUAUUUGGAAGUGGUUCCCGAACUAGAACAACUGUAUCGCGAUGUGGGUCUGGAGGUGAAGUUUGGAGCAGAGGCUUACGAGUUAGAAGCCAGCGAUUACUAUGUCCUUCUAGAGGACCUUCGCCCACGUGGUUUUAGGAACAUUAAUCGCCUCGAAGGCAUGGAUCAGGCUCAUACAGAGAGUGUGCUAAAGAAAUUCGCACAGUGGCAUGCGGCUUCUGCCGUUAGAGUGGAAACAAAAGGACCUUACCAGGAGAAGUACACGAAGGGGUUUUUAAAGAACGAGGAAAUCGUGGAUGCGUUUUGUACUCGUAGCUUGAAAAUAUUUAUGGAAAACAUAGAGCUGUUUAAAGAUUACAAGUCUUAUCUAAAGGAUUUGCAAAUCGCCUGUGCCAAGACAUUGGAUAUUGUGGACAGCCUAAACAAUCCUGAACCUGAUGAGUUCAAAGUAUUGAAUCAUGGCGAUGGUUGGUCCAAUAACAUUAUGUUCCAGUACAAUGAGAACAACGAAAUACAGGACACCUAUUUCGUUGAUCUUCAAAUCCCCAAGUGGGGAUCAGUGGCGCAGGAUUUGUACUACUUCUUGAUGUCUUCCACAAGUUUAGAUGUGAAAACAUCAAAAUUUGAUUACUUCAUUUGGUUUUACCACUUGGAAUUGGUUAAGCACCUCAAACUACUGAAUUACUCAAAAAAACUGCCCACUUUAAGGAGUAUUAAUGAUGCCCUCAACAAAUAUAGUGGAUGGGGAUUCAUCUGCGCCGGAACUAUAAUGGCGUAUGUUCUGCUGGAUCCCGUGGAGGGUGCUGAUAUCGAAAAAGUUAUUGGUGAUGACGACUCCGCCUUUAAGAAAUCCCUCUAUGUAAACCCCAGAUUUCAGAAACAUAUGGAAGUGCUAUUGCCAUGGCUCCAACAUCGUGGGGCUAUGGAAUAAGAGUUAUAAGUCUUCCAACUUAAUAAAUAAAUUAAAACAUAAUGAAA